AUGAAAACAAGAGGGGCUAGUAUUGGUGGUGAAGUUUUUAUGGAUUUGGACUUUGCUGAUGAUGGUGCAUUGCUUGCUGAAAUGUGGCUGGUGCUGGAAGGUAUGGUAAUGAGGAUGGAGACAGAGACACAGAACUUUGGCUUGAACAUAAGCACAAAGAAGAGCAAGAUCAUGGUUGUGAGUAGGGAUGACGGUUGGGUGCACAUGGAGGAUAUGACAAACAGAGGACAGGAACUCAAGCAAGUUGAGAACCAAAGCCACCAGAAAAGAGGAAGGGAAACAAAGCCACCAGAAAACGAGGAAGAAAAACAAAACCACCAGAAAAGAGGAAGAGAAACAAAGCCAUCAGAAAAUGAGGAAGAGACAAAGCCACCAGAAAAAGAGGGGGAAAACAAAGCCACUAGAAAAAAAGGGAGAUAUAAAGCUACCAGAGAAAGAGGGGGAGAACAAAGCCACCAGAAGAAUAGGGAGAUACAAAGCCACCAGAAGAAUAGGGAGAUACAAAACCACCAGAAAAAGAGGAAGAGAAACAAAGCCACCAGAAGAAUUGUGAGAUACAAAGCCACCAGAAAAAGAGAAAGAGAAACAAAGCCACCAGAACAAUAUGAAGAGACAAAGCCACCAGAAAAAGAGGGGGAAAACAAAGCCACAAUAAAAAAGAGGAAGAGAAACAAAGCCACCAGAAAAAGAGGAAGAGAAACAAAGCCACCAGAACAAUAUGAAGAGACAAAGGCACCAAAAAGAGAGGGGGAAAACAAAGCCACAAUAAAAAGAGGAAGAGAAACAAAGCCACCAAUAAAAGAGGAAGACAAACAAAGCCACCAUAAAAAGAGGAAGAAAAUAUAG